GCAGAGGGGCAGCUCCGCAGCGGCGUCCGGCGUCUCCUCCAGGGCCGACGCUGUGGGGCUCGCGCGCUUCUCUGCCUCGCCUGGCCGCGGGCGUUCUUCUGCCCCGCGAGUCCCCGGCCGCCGCUCCAGCGCGCCCCGGUCUGGCCUCCUGCCCCGCGAAGAUGGCUGCCGUACGCCGGGCCCGCAGUUACUGCCGCUGUCUGGUGCGCUUCUCCGACCGAGAACUCUGCUAAGCCCCGCUGCAGCAGAGCGGCAGGAGUAGACACCGGACACCCCGCACGCCUCGGGGGGUGGUGCAGAGGGGGCGCGAAGAGUCCCGCGACCGCGGCUUGCCGCCCCGCCAGCAUGGCAGAAGCUGAGGAGGAUUGUCAUUCUGAUACUGUCAGAGCAGGAGAUGAUGAUGAAAAUGAAACCUCUGCGGAAAAAGAUCUGCAGGCACAACUCCAGAUGUUCCGAGCUCAGUGGAUGUUUGAACUUGCCCCGGGUGUGGGCUCUAGCAAUUUAGAAACUCAACCUUGCAGAGCAGCAAGAGGCUCUUCAGUGAAAGCAGCAGACACCAAAGGAAAGCAAGAAGUGGCAAAGGAAGAAAAGGCUCGAGAACUCUUCCUAAAAGCAGUAGAAGAAGAACAAAAUGGAGCUCUCUAUGAAGCCAUCAAGUUUUAUCGUAGGGCCAUGCAACUUGUACCUGAUAUAGAGUUCAAGAUCACUUAUACCCGGUCUCCAGAUGGCGACGGCGCUGGAAACAGCUACAUUGAAGAUAAUGAUGAUAACAAGGUGGCAGAUCUCUUGUCCUACUUCCAGCAGCAGCUCACAUUUCAGGAGUCUGUGCUCAAACUGUGUCAGCCUGAACUUGAGAGCAGUCAGACUCACAUAUCAGUGCUGCCCAUGGAGGUCCUGAUGUAUGUCUUCCGAUGGGUGGUGUCUAGUGACUUGGACCUCAGAUCAUUAGAGCAGUUGUCCCAGGUGUGCAGAGGAUUCUAUAUCUGCGCCAGAGACCCUGAAAUAUGGCGUUUGGCUUGCUUAAAAGUUUGGGGCAGAAGCUGUAUUAAACUCAUUCCAUACACGUCCUGGAGAGAGAUGUUUUUAGAAAGGCCCCGUGUUCGGUUUGAUGGAGUGUAUAUCAGUAAAACCACAUAUAUUCGUCAAGGGGAACAGUCUCUUGAUGGUUUCUAUAGAGCCUGGCACCAAGUGGAAUAUUACAGGUACAUAAGGUUCUUCCCUGAUGGCCACGUGAUGAUGCUGACAACCCCAGAAGAGCCUCAGGCCAUUGUUCCUCGGUUAAGAACUAGGAAUACCAGAACGGAUGCAAUUCUGCUGGGUCAUUAUCGCUUGUCACAAGAUACAGACAAUCAGACCAAAGUAUUUGCUGUGAUAACUAAGAAAAAAGAAGAAAAACCACUUGACUAUAAAUACAGAUAUUUUCGUCGUGUCCCUGUACAAGAAGCAGAUCAGAGUUUCCAUGUGGGGCUACAGCUGUGUUCCAGUGGCCGCCAGAGGUUCAACAGACUUAUCUGGAUACAUCAUUCUUGUCACAUUACUUACAAAUCAACUGGUGAGACUGCAGUCACUGCUUUCGAGAUUGACAAGAUGUACACCCCCUUGUUCUUUGCCAGAGUGAGGAGCUACACUUCCUUCUCAGAGAGGCCUCUGUAGAGCUUCACAGCCCGUCCUCUGUCGCUGUUGCAUGAAUAAGCAUACAUAGAGCAAAAGAGCUCCUCUAAGUUAUAAAUGUACAUAUAUAUAUAUAAAUAUACAUAUAUAUAUAUAUAUGUGGAAUUGGGACUUAUUUUACAUUGUUGGAGUUCUUUUAAGAAGAGUAAAUUGAUUAUUUUUUUUAUUUAAAGGAAUAAUUGAUUUCUUGGAGUAUUUUGCUUUAAAAUUAAGAAGUUGAGAUUACAAGUUGUUUAAGCACAUUUACAUUGCAAAAAGUCAAUAUGAGCUUUAAAUCAUGUCCUUUUUCAAGAGUAUUUCUGUUACACAGGUCGUCUUCUGACCGAUCACCCCGUAUUUAAGUGUAUCAGGUGAGAGCUCCGCUGGAUAAGCAUCUCUUUUGCGCAUGACAUAGUGUCUUUUCAAUAAAGGCUCAAAUGUGAAAACCUGUUCUGGAUUUGUUUGAAACUUUUAAUAGUAAAGAUCAUAAAUAAAUGUUUCUUUCAAAAAUA